AUGCCGGAUAAAAAGUGUGCUGGUUGCGGACGAUGGAACGCAAAACGAGAUAUUUCUUCGGAAAUUAAUCUAUGGUGUCAUAAGCUUUUGGAAACAGAAGGUAAAACUCUGAACUUCGAUCAAGGUGUCUAUUUUUGUGGAUCGUGUUUCAUUCCGUACGAUGACAGGAAAGAGGAAGGUCAAAAAUUAGUAGCACAAGAAAAGCACGAUGAACCAAUGGAAACUGACCAGGUAGGCGGCGAGGAGAAGGAAGAAGAAGAUCAACCGUUAAGCCUAACAGAUGUACUGUAUACCGGUUCUGGACACAAGCACUGUGCAAUCAAAAUGUCAAAAGCAGCACGUUUAGAUCUGUUAGUUUUGAAACGGAUGUACGCGCCACAUGGUGUUCGAUGCUGCAAAUCUCAUUUGAACAACAAUCGUUUAUUGCCACAAUCAGAGAUCAAUAUGGACACCAGACAACAGUGA